UUGGGCGCAGGAACAGGACAGAAGAUGACCGGCUGUGGCGUUACUACGUGCAGCUCCGCAUUGAACAGCGCGGCAGGUGCACGAGGACGCGCACUAAGCCAAAGUGCGCGCGCGCGCACUGGACGGACACACAGCUAAAGUUGACACUUAGCGUCUGAACUCUGUCUUUUUAUUACUAGACUUUUUAAAUAAACUGGUCUGGAAUUACGUUUUUUUUAUUUCUUCACGUGGAUCGAGUGAGUAAGGAGGAGUUACUUUAAAAAGAAGACAAAAAAAAGGAAAGGAAAGAAAAGAAAAGAAAAGAAAAAAAGCCGAAGAGAAGCAGAAAAGAUUCAACCAUGCCGCCUGGAUUUCAGCAGCUUGGAGGAGACAGAAUAACAGGAACUCUUGCACUGUCAGUGUUUACAGCAGUUUUGGGCUCUCUUCAGUUUGGAUACAAUAUUGGAGUCAUCAAUGCUCCUCAGAAGAUUAUUGAAAAGGAUUACAAUUCAACAUGGAUACACCGUUACUCCAAUCCCAUUCCCGAGUCCACACUCACUUCUCUCUGGUCUCUCUCAGUGGCCAUCUUCUCUAUCGGGGGCAUGCUCUCCUCUUCCUUUUUGGGAAUCAUAUCAGAGUGGCUUGGCAGGAGGAAAGCCAUGCUUAUCAAUAAUCUCCUGGCUUUUAUUGGUGGAGGCUUAAUGGCAUUGUCUAAACUCUGCAGAUCAUUUGAAAUGAUGAUUUUAGGACGCUUUACGAUUGGCGCAUACUGUGGGCUGGCAUCAGGGCUGGUGCCCAUGUAUGUAGGUGAAAUAUCACCCACCAAUCUGAGAGGAGCUCUAGGAACUCUCCACCAGUUAGCCAUAGUCACUGGCAUUCUCUUUGCUCAGAUUUUAGGACUGGAGACAUUGCUGGGCAGUGAAGAGUUAUGGCCUGUGUUAUUGGGCAUUACAGUGAUCCCUACCGUCCUGCAGAUGGCAUUGUUGCCAUUCUGUCCAGAAAGUCCUCGCUUCCUUUACAUUGUCCGCUGCCAGGAGCACCAUGCCAAGAGCGGUUUGAGGCGUCUUACUGGACGUCUGGAGGUGAGUGAUGACCUGGCUGAGAUGAAGGAGGAGAAAAGGAGGAUGGACAUGGAGAGGAAGGUGUCGAUUGCCGAGCUUUUCCGCUCGCCGCUCUACAGACAGCCCAUUAUCAUAUCCAUCAUGCUGCAGCUCUCUCAACAAUUGUCAGGAAUCAAUGCUAUUUUCUACUACUCAACCAGCAUAUUCCAGAAUGCUGGUGUGGAGAGCCCAGUGUAUGCCACCAUUGGUGCUGGAGUUGUGAACUGUGCCUUCACUGUGGUCUCGCUUUUCUUGGUGGAGAGGAUGGGCCGACGGACACUGCACAUGCUAGGAUUGGCUGGAAUGUGUGGGUGCGCCAUAGUCAUGACAAUUGCCCUCAGCUUAUUGGAAAGUGUGCCAUGGAUGAGCUACAUCAGCAUGCUAUCUAUCUUUGGCUUUGUGGCCUUCUUUGAGGUGGGACCUGGACCCAUUCCUUGGUUCUUCGUAGCGGAACUGUUUUCUCAAGGGCCCAGACCUGCUGCCAUGGCCGUGGCUGGAUGUUCCAACUGGACAGCAAACUUUAUAAUUGGCAUGGGAUUCCAGUAUGUUGCCAACCUCUGCGGUCCCUACGUCUUCCUAAUCUUUGCAGCCCUCCUCCUGUUUUUUUUGCUGUUCACCUUCUUAUGGGUUCCGGAAACCCGAGGAAAGACCUUCGACCAGAUUUCUGCUGCAUUCAACCGCAAUCCUGAAAACAUGGAUAUGGAUCUAAACAUGGAUUUAGUAAAGCCCAGUACAGAGCUGGAGUAUCUGGGGGCAGACAGCUCAGAGCAGUGAGGUCCAGCAGCUAGAAGGAGAUUUGAUGAAGAAAUGCAUACUGGAACAGACACCUUAGCCUCACUGAUUUGGUUUAAGAGGAGCUGAAUGUAUAUGAAAGAAGGAAAGAUGACUUAAAACUGUCAUUGUUACAGUUUGGUCAGUCAGGUCCUUCAGGGAGACUUGGAUUACUGCACUUUAUAUUCACAAAAGUUUGACAAGAAAUGCCAGUUAUAUUUGUAUAUUUUUAUUUACACUGACCUACGAUGCUAGUUUCCUUUAAAUUAACAUUCAGGAUUAUUUUAAGAAUAAUCUUUAAAAGGUUUUUAUUUUUUUUUAAUUUUUAUUAUUCUAGCACAAAUAUUAGCUUACUUUUGAAAUAUAGGGACAGACCAAGGUGAAAAAUAAACCUCAAAACCACUCAAACAGAUGAAUUUUUAUUUGGAUGCUUCACUCUAAUGUUUGUGCUUUAAAUGUGUUAACAGUUAUCACUCAUAUAGAACUUGAAAUAAAUGAAUGGUUAUUAGAAUUAGACCAGAAAAGAAUAUAGAUGUGUAUUAGUGAUAUAUAUUUUAAUAAUUUUAAAGUCAUAUGUUGUUUGUCAAAUAUAUAUAUAUAUAUAUAUAUAUAUAUUCUAGAAGUUUUAGACUGGAGUUAGCAUGUUCUAUUUGCUGCAAACAACUGAUUUUAUGGGAGUCAGUCUCAGACAAGAUUUACAUUGGUGUUAUAAAAUGAGUUUAAAAAAAAAAAAAAAAAAAAAAACCCUAUACCUUUGGUAUUUGAUGCCAUGUUCAGUAUGUAUGCGUGUGUGUAAAGGUCAGAAUUAUAUUGUGGAAUUAAUAUACAAGUUCUAUCAGAGUAGUUUGACGGUACGUUGUGCACACCAAUUUCAGUGUUUGCAAUAAAAUGAACAAUGAGCUGUUUGAGCAGCCCUUUUUCCUGUUA